AUGGAAAAGAAAAGUGACGAGAUUUCCAUAGUGAUCCCAUCAGAGAAAUCGGCAAAAACGAAACGUGAAGUACUGAGUAGAUUGGCUCAGGUUUAUGACCCUUUGGGAAUUACAUCACCCUUAAUUCUAGAGGGAAAGAUAAUUUAUCGUGAUAUCUGUAAGGAGAAGCUCUUGUGGGAUGUACGGCUAAGCCAUUCUUUGAAGUAUCGAUGGGACUGCUGGGAGAGCAAUCUUCCGUGUGAAGUAAGUGUUCCGCGAUCAUUAGCUGGGUUCCGAGAACCAAUCAAGUCUUUAGAGCUGCACGCAUUCGGGGAUGCUAGCACACAAGGUGUAGGAGCUGCAGUGUACUCAGUUAUUCAUCAAGAAUCGGGAACUACUCAAAUUCUAGUUGCUGGUAAAAGUCGUCUGGCAAAAGAGGACCUAACUGUUCCACGGCUAGAACUUGUGUCAGCCCACAUGGCAGCGAACCUUCUUGUGAAUGUGCGAAACGCUUUGGAUCAUUUGUCACGGCCGCAAAGUUUUGCAUGGCUAGACAGCACUGUCGCCUUGCAUUGGAUACUUGGACGGGGCCAGUAUAAGCAGUUUGUCUCAAACCGUGUCCGUAAGAUACACCAACAUCCUGAAAUAAAAUGGCGAUAUGUACCCACAUCCGAAAAUCCUGCAGAUUUGGCCAGCAGGGUGGGAAAUUAAAUCAGACGUGGCUCUACGGUCCAGAAUGGUUAUCUGAUAUGAGCAGAUGGCCAACUAAUAUAACCACAA